GCUACGGGCGUCGGAAACUUCCGCACCGAACUCGGCUGACGGUCGAACCGCGAGAGACGGAAAGAAGAGCAGACCAAAUAAGUAAUUACGCAGAAAGUUCCCAUAUAAUUUCACGUACAAUCAUAUUUACAUUAUUUUCCAUCCAACGGAAGUUCGGCCGGUGUAAAAGUGCGAAUUUGACGAUUUUUACAACGUGGUUUUGGAAAAAACGUCGAGAGCAGCGCCAUGUUGACCCUUUGUGAUCCUGACUUUGAGAAGAAGCUCCUGGUUGAGUUGCAACGACAGCAGCACCUCAGCCUGUUCUGUGAUGUCGUCCUGCAAAUUGAGGACAUGUUGGUGAUGGUCCACAGCUGCCUGCUCUCGGCACACAGCCCCGUGCUGCUCCAGCACCUCGGCGCGGCCCCCGGCGCCCCGUCCCCCCGGAGGCAGUGGAGGAUCGACCUGGAGGGGGUCACCCCCCGGGGGCUGCAGACCGUGGUCAGCUUCCUGUACUCGGGGGAGGUGCGGUGCGAGGGCGAGAGUGAGCUGCGGGAGGUCCUGAGCGCGGCACGGGCGCUGGGCAUCCGGGCGCUGGAGGAGAUGGUGGCCGGAGGGGGAGUCACGCCGGGAGGGAAGACGGAUAGCUGGGAAUGCACUCCCAGCGCAGAGGAGGUAGGGGGCAGGACGGCCGCGCAGUCUGAGGCCGAGAGAGAGAGCUCCCCAGGGCCCUUGGAGUCGCCCGUGCCGGCUCGCCCCCCAGCUGCUGUGACUGACCUCACUGCUUCCCGGGAUAGCCACAGGCUGCCGGGACCAGGAGGGAGCGGGACUCCGGCAGAAUCCCAGAUUUCCAGCCCCGGACACCCGAGUGCCAGCUGUCUGUCUUCUCUCCCUUCUGCUGCUCCUGUCCUAAUGCAGACACUGGACACACACGAGAGGUCACGGCAGGGUCAUCAGCCUGUGGUAGCUGCACGCGAAACAGGGGACACAGCCCAGGGAGAGCAAGCUCCCCAGGGUCCCCCUAGGACGUCCCACAGCAUGUCGGACACGCCCACUGUAGAGGCCAUCUUGGAGAGCGCUGAUGGUCUUCCAGGCCUUGGUGCUCCUGGUCAUCCUGUCUGCUCUGUUCCUGCCCCCACUCCUGCUACGACUGUAUAUCCUUUUGCCCGGCUUACGGGCACCAGCGCCUCUGUAGUUGUGCCAUCCGCUGCACAAGCCCUGUGUCUCCCCUUUCCUGUCUCCGUUUUACCCCUGAAUAAUGAAAAUUACCCCCCUCCUCCUGCUCCCACUCUGUUGUGGGCAGGGCGCAAUUUGGAAGGGGGGUGGCAGCACGCUCCCCCACCCGUGGAGACAGGGCGGGUGUCGUGUUUAUAUCUCCUCCCGGCCCCUGCCCACCCGUUCGCUGGCACCCAUGGGGACCCUGUCCACGACUUGGACACGGGGUCUGGCCGGGAGGUGGGGACGAGACCGCCGGAGUGCCACGGCGAAAGGCUGAGUGGAAAAGAGAGGAGAGGAGGGAGAGGAGAAGACCCGCGGACCGCGGGAUCUCGGAGUCUCUGCCCCGACUUCGCAGACUGGCCGGUCAGGUGGCAAGGCCAUCCCACUGCUGCCACCAGUGAAGGAGGAGAGAUCAGGAGGAGGGACGGGAGAGCCGCGAGGAUAGAGGACGCUGUCCCUGGAUUCGUGGAGAUGAACGUGGGAAGGAGAGGGAGAGGGAGGCCAUUCUGUAGAGGGAUGGGGACAGGGAACCAGGGCAGGAGUCCAGGCAAGCUGAGAAAAGGAACACAAGGCAGGAGGCAAGGUGCAGGAGGAGAUGGCGAGCGCCCCGAUGUAGACGAGGUGGGAAGGAGGGUGGGGACACCGGUGUGCCAUACAGGAAGAGGAAGAGGGAUGGCGAGGAGUGGAGGGGUGAGGGGUAGUGGUGCAAGCUCCAGAGUCCCCAGGGCUGCUGUCGACAAGACCUGCGCCAAGAUCAGAUUGAAGAAGCUGCCCUCGGGGUGGGUGAUCCUUAAGGAGUCCGCACCCAGGGGGCGAGGUCAGAGGAAGAGCAUCAGACUCAGGGGCAGGACACGGGCACAAACCCAGCCAGCAGGCCGCUGUGUGGUUGCCAGUCAGAGUGCCGUGCCGGGGCUGAAGCGAGGUCGGGGAGGUCGAGGACGGCCCAGGAAGUACCCCCUCCUCCCCCUUGCGCCGGCCCCUCUGGAGACCCCCGCGCCCGCGUCUGCCCCGAAUUCCCGCCCCGAAGACGGCGACGAGCAGAUGGAUCGCCUGCUGGAGGACGUGCUGAUGCAGAUCAACUUCCUGCAGCCGCCGCUCAGCCCUGUCGUGGCAGCGCUGGGGAAUUAUGGGAAGGGGGAUGCUGUCCAGGCUACUCCGGUCAACGGCAGUGACGUGGGACAGCAGGGGGAUCCUGCUGUUGGUUUUGGGUCUUCUGAUCCAACAGUGCAGGUAGCUGAUAUAGACAUGGCCCAUCUCACAGAGCCCCUUUAUACCGGUUCUGGAGGGACAGUACAGCCCGGAGUUCUCGUCCAUUCCUCAGAGGGGACGGCUUCUGCUAGGGCACCACUCUUCCCUGGAUCAUCCGAGGACAACACAGCUCGCACUGGGCAGGGAGAGACCCCUCCCAAACUGCGGGACAUACUCAGUCACUUCCUGUUGUCAUUCCAAAGUGUUGUGACCUCCCCCGAGGCAGGGAGCUGGGGAGGUGGAGAGGCAGUGCCACCCCCAGGCCAGAGAGUGAAUUGCCGUGAGAGUUUGGGUGAUGUCGGGAGUGUGGAUGGAGAGUGGUUUAGAACAGAGGGAGGGAGGAGAGAGGCUGCUGGGAGGGAGGGUCAGAGGUCACCGACACAGGAUGGUGUUGCGGGGGACCACGCUCAGAUAAACGGGACAGGGCUGUGCAGGGAAAAUGCAGUCGGAGAAGAUGGACUCUGGCAACAGAGGACACUCCCGGAUUUGCAAAAAUCAUCUGAGCCGGUGAGAGACAGGGAGACCCCAUUUCCGACUCCAUUUGAAUUUACUGCGGAUUGGGCCCACGUGGAUGACGGGGUUCAUGGCAGCAGUGGGCAGCUGCCUUACCCCUUAGAUGCCAGAGAAAAACCUGACCCGUGCAGUUCUGUCGACAUGUCUCUGUCCGAUUCAGUCUCCGGCAGGGCUGACUCUGAGAUUCCGCAGCACCCAGAAUGCCAAUGUUCACUUCUUGCGGGCGAAGAGUGUGUCCCGGAAUUCUACUCUGCUGCUUUCCCCACACCUUCUCCUUCCAUGGUGUCUCAAGAUCUAAGAAGCCCACAGUGCUCUUCUUCUCUCCUGUCCCCUUGGAUGGAACUACGACUCCCAGAGUUCCUUUCUCCCCUCCGGGAGACAGAUUGUCCAGAAUUGUCAUCUUCUCACAGGAGAUCCCAUGUCUCAGAACUUCGUGAUGUGCCGGGGCAAACCCGUACCAGUCCCAAACCUCGACAGCUGGAGCAGAGUGGCCGGGAUGGCAUCAGCGGACCUUCAGAAUGGCACGGCUGUGAGGCGGAGGAGGCCGUUCCCGUGGGAAUGGUGCCUGAGCCUCCUGCGGCAGCCCCUGUGUCCUCCGAGAGGCGGUGCCCGGAGGGAGAGCAGAAAACCAGCUCUGGAGGGGAGCUGGGACCAGUGUCGGAGAGAGACACAGCUGUCCAGGAAGUGCCACCCAGCCGUUCCUUCAUCCUAACCAGGAAGAGGUCCAGGGAGCUGGAAGAGCAGAGGCAGGAAGAAAUGGAAACGUUGCGAAGGUGCCACAGGAAAAGAAAGAGAGAGACAGAGCCUUCACAGACCCUGGUAAAAUUAGAGAGAACGAGGAGAGGCCAACCGAGGAAGGGCGGUAUGUACACGGCAGAACUGAAAUCAGAGAAGAGGGGUGCAGGGAAAGUCACAAGAGGGGAUGUCAAAACCCAUGGCCUGCAGGAGGAAAGGAGAGUCAAGGGGUGCAUGGGAGGCAGAGCGUGGGACCCUGGCAGGCCCAUGAAGAGAAGGAGAGGAGUACCCGUGAAGAAGACUGGGAAGAUCAGACCCAGCCGGGAUGCUCCAGAGAUGUCCACGACUCUGGAGGACAUGGCCCAGGCCGAAACAAACCCGGAGCCUAGUGGUGGUGGAGAAGAGGCCAGAGAUUCUCACUUAAAUGCCGAUGCUUGUCCAGACCUUUCAUCCAGGGAGCAGGAGGGGCUGGAGGCGGUAUCUGUACAAAAGCCAGUGCCUAUAGAGAACAGAAAGAGCGCUCGGAGAGAAGAUAUGCCAGGUUCCCAGGUGAGGAAUGGCAAGGUUUGUAGUGGAGAACCAGUAGAAGGCUCCCCCCUGACCAUGGAUCGGUCAGCACGAGGGAGGGAGAGAAGCGAAGAAAAGGGUGGGGCACAGGGCGUCUCGAGGAAGUUGAGGACGAGGACGUCUGGGCAAGUGUUCAGUCCUGGGGCAGAUCUUCCAGUUAGAUGGGAUAGCAGGGCCGCACUGUGUGUGGGAUGUGGUCCCAAGAGGAGAGGGCGGGAUGCACGAGAUGCCUAUAUCUUGAAGAGAACACCGAGCCAUGCAGGAAGGAGAAGAAAGGAUCAGCCUCAAAUUAAAGACCAAAAUAGCAUUCCGAGUGCAAUAGACAAGGUGGAGACAGGACAGGAAGCUGAUCUGCAGCUUUCGAGAAGCGGUGUCAGCAGCCCACGGGGAAAGGGGGUGCGUGUGAAAAACCGUGCGUCUCCAGUUGUGUGUGGGAAGGGACUUGUGCCGCCUCUGGAUCGCAAGGUCCGGAAUGGAGGUGGGGCAGAUCAUGGCUCCGGUGUGACGGCCAUAGAGACCGUGUCAGACACGGGGAGCGCGGCGCGCUCCAAACACAUGGUGCUAGCCGCAGAGGAUGGGGUGCAGGAAAACAGGGGACCUCUGGAAUUCCACUGCAUUGCUGACAGGAGGGCGAGGAAGAAGGGGGUGGCGGAGCUGAACGAGGAGAGGGCCUGUGUCUGGGGCAAAGGACAGAGAGAGCAGGAGAAGAGUGAGGAGGUGCGCGAUUCAUCGGUUAGCAGUUUAGGAGGAAGUGACCCUGGACUUCAGGAUAUGCAGAGGAAACAUCCCACCUGCGGAAACAGCACAGGAGAAUCGGGUGUGUUUGGGAGAGGGUGGGGGGUGUCUCUUGAUGUCAUGCACAGAGCAGGGCUGAGUCGGGAAGAAGGCAGUCAGGAGCCCCAAGGGAGGAUUCAGCAAGGAAAGGAGGGAGAGCGAGGAGAGGAGAAGUAUUUUGAAGAGAGCGAUGAUGAAAAGAUGGAGACAGCAACAAGGAUGGGUCUCGACACAGAAAGCAAGGCGGGGCCGACUGAGAUAGCAAAGCAGGACAGAAUCAGGACAGAGAGAAGGAAGAGAGAAGGGAGCCAUGAGGUUGCGUGGAAGGCGAAGAGCAGGCCGAGUUUGUCCGAGAGCACCCUUCAGGUUUGGCCAACAGAACGGCUCCCUGCUCCCGCCCCCCUUCAGGACUUCCGGGCCACUGAGGGCUCAAGUGGCAGCUUGGACAUCGAAGAAGAAGAAGAGGAAGUGGAGAUCCUUGAGUGCUCCAGCCCAGCCCCCCUGCCGUGUCACUUCCUGCUGGCAGUGCUGAGGCAGAACUGUGACCUUGGAUCCCGAGACCAGUCGGAGGAGGAGGAGGAGGAAGAGGAGGACAGGGAGCUGGAGAUCGAUGUGGUCGGGUAGGGAGGGAUGGAGAACCUGCCUUUACCAGGUCCCUGGGCAGCAUGUCACAGGGAGUGCCACCCCGUACGAGAGGAUCAGCGCUGAUUGGAGGAGAGGAGUCCUGCUCACUGCCAGCACUGCAUGCCUGCAAUCACUCAGGUGGUCACAAGAGAGCACUGUAAUACCUGGAGAGCCCUGGCUGAUCCAUCCACAACACUCCUGACACCACCAACAAUACACCUGAGAGCCACAGCACACCUGAGACCACCAACAAUACACCUGAGAGCCACAGCACACCUGAGACCACCAACAAUACACCUGAGACUGACAACACACCUGAGACCUUUCCACAACCCAAUACACAUCCACAGCACACCUGAGACAUGUCUAUAACACACCCAAUACACAUCCACAGCACACCUGAGACAUGUCUAUAACACACCCAAUACACAUCCACAGCACACCUGAGACCUGUCUAUAACACACCCAAUACAUGUCCACAGCACACCUGAGACCUGUCUAUAACACACCCAAUACACAUCCACAGCACACCUGAGACCUUUCCACAGCACACCUGAGACCUGUCCACGACCCAAUACACUUCCACAGCACACCUGAGACCACCAACAAUACACCUCUGAGACCUGUCCACAGCACACCUGAGACUUGUUACACCUGUAUUGAUACUACUGACCCUGAAAACCUGUUACCUGCCUCUGUACCUGCAGUCCACCAGUCUGUACAUCUGUCAGGUCAGCAUCUUUCCUUUUACAAAGUCAGUGUGCAGUGUAAAACAGGCAUGCUACAUAGACUAGUUUAAAAUUAAAAAUAAGGCCCCUGUGUUUUACUCCAGGCUACAUUUUAAAAACAUUUUUACACGUCGUAAAAUUUAUCUUGCAAAGUUUAAAAAGUCACUGGUUUCAAAAUCAAGUUGUAGAGACGUGCUGGCACUAUUCCUUUAAACAAUAUGUACGAUAAAGACUUUUAACUCUGAAUUGGUCUUCUGACCAAACUUUCAUCCUAACAGGAGUUAGAAUUUCGAUUGAAUUAACACAGGCCGUAAUAAAUAUUCAUUUCUACAAGUUCAGAGAUUUCCACGGGGUGUCGUGAAGCGCUGCUUGUUAGGCUUGCUGAAUUAGGGAAUAGUAUUCUCGUAUAUGGGCGGAGGUGUCCAAUCUCGUAUGGGACUACUUAUUCAUGUUGUGAUAUUCCUCCCAAACAGCAGUUC